GACAAACACCUUCUUAAUGUACUCUGUCCGGUAUGCGUGUAUAUUUUGUGCGCCAUGCUCAGAGUAUGAACAAUGCUAUGCAUCAAUCGGAGCACAUAAACUUUGUUUCUCGUCAUCAUGAUCCACCACUAACAUUAGUCGGAAAGCAACAGGCGGAAUUCGCCGCUGCUUGGCUUUAUAAUCACAUACAAAAACUCUGUUCUGAAAAUCAACAUCAUAAUCAUGACACCCCUCUAGCUAUCUUAUCAUCUCCUAUGAUUCGAGCAUUGGAAACUGCACAAGUUAUGUCAAAGGUAAAUAUUUUGUUCUCAUGUUUCUUUGUAUUUAUUUUUUAUAAAACAUUUUGUUUUAAGCAAUUCAAUUCGCUUCCUAUUAUUGUGAUGCCGUCUAUAUGUGAAACUGGAGGAGUCUUUUCGGGUUCCCGUGUCAAUUCUGUCGUUUCUAGUAAGGAUUCAAAAAGUCAGAAACAUUCGCAUGAUGUGGCUCCGUCAAAUCAAUCAGAAUCCUUUCAUAACGGAAUUACUGUAGACGCUCUUUAUUUACGUUUUCCGACCGUAAGCGUGGCUCAGAAUAUUCAAAAGAAUGGAUGGUGGUUUGGGAGUCGAGAAACAUCAGCGAACGCUUAUACUCGAGCAUGCAAUUUUUCAAGGUUACUGUGGCUUCAUGCAUUGAUGAAUCCUAAAAGUACAUUAAUUAUUAUAACGCACGGAUUAUUCUUAGAUAUGCUGCUGAAAUCACUUUUAAAUUCGACUGGAUUAAUUGCCACCCAACCAACACCUCCAAAGGAAAUGCUGGCUUGCUCUAAUUAUAAAAAGGAUGCAGAACCGUUAACAGCUUGGCCUGACUUUGAAUCAGCUUCACCUACCACAUUCACACACUCUAAUGAUCCCUCAUAUUUUUCCUUAAGCACCCACUUUUUAUGUAAUAACGUGGGUAUAAGUUUACUUGAAUUGUUUGUGGACUCACCAUCGCAUUUAUGCAACGAGCCUUGUAACAGUCAGCUCUUAUCACAUGAUAACUCUUUACAAAACAUGCUUCAUCUUAAAUUAGGUAUUUUAUUUUGGAACCAGUGUUUUUUUCUAAAAAAUGAUUUAUUACGUAAAAGUAAUCAUGAAGUUUUCAGUUUUUCUACAUUUUAA